GUCAGGUGGGCGUUUGUCAGUUUUCGUUCGCUCCGUUUUGCCCUUUCUUUUCGCGAGUGGAAAAUCGUGUGUGCAUUUUCGUCAUCAUGUCCACGAUAAAUUUGCCCCUGAAUUUGACCGUACGUGUCCAUCCGGUCGUCUUGUUCCAGAUUGUUGACGCCUACGAGCGCCGUAAUGCCGAUUCGCAACGAGUCAUCGGAACGCUCUUGGGUUCUGUUGAUAAAGGAGUCGUUGAAGUGACCAACUGCUUCUGCGUUCCCCACAAGGAACAUGCGGACCAGGUAGAAGCGGAACUUGGAUACGCAUCAGAUUUGUAUGAUUUGAACCGGCGCGUCAAUCCGUCGGAGAACAUCGUCGGAUGGUGGGCCACCGGCCAGGAAGUAACGAACCACAGUUCGGUUAUCCACGAGUACUACGCUCGCGAAUGCAACAAUCCGAUUCACUUGACGUUGGACACAUCGCUGACUGCGGCUCGUAUGGGUUUCAAGGCGUACGUUUGCGUCUCGCUGGGCGUUCCCGGUGGCAAAACCGGCUGCAUGUUUACGCCAAUCAACGUCGAAAUUGCAAGUUACGAGCCAGAGGUCGUCGGCUUGCAGCUGUGUUCGAAAACGAUCGGUGUGCAGCCGAAUCCAGCGCGACCGCGUACCGUGUCGCCCAUGUUGGACCUCGCCCAGAUCACCGAUGCUUCGGGCAAGCUGCAAACCCUUUUGGGAGAGGUGUUGACCUACGUCGAGGAUGUUUUGGCGGAGAAGCAGCAACCGGACAACUCCGUUGGGCGCGCCUUGCUGGAUCUGAUCCACUCUGUGCCGAACAUGACCUCGGAUCAGUUUGCCCAGAUGUUCAACUCAAACGUGAAGGAUUUGUUGAUGGUGGUUACCCUUUCGCAGCUGAUUAAGACGCAAUUGCAGUUAAAUGAGAAAUUAACCAGCUUGACAUCGUUCAUCAACUAAUGAAUGAGAAGAAUUGUGUUUGAUAGUGCGAAAAACAUCUAAAAGACGAUAAACAAGUGUUAAACUAAUCGAUCAGGCGAGUGUCGAAUCAGAUAGCACCGUGGUUUUGAAAAUCCGUGAUUUUGGUUGUACGUAAUUGCCAUCGGUGGAGUAUUCAAUUUGUCAGAGCAUCGAUUACAAUACAGACAUCCGCCAAAAUA